AUCUACACACACAUGACACAGUCACAGUGCAACUUCGCAGGCUGCAAACAUGGCUCUAAAUUUGCUGCAUACUACACGUUUUGCAUUUGGUGGAUGGUUUCUACCGAUACUUGCUGUUCUGCUUGUCAGCCUUGUACCCGUUUCCAAUGGUAAAUCACUGUUGAAACGUCCCAACUAUGAUCUGCAGAAAAUCAAGGAAGAAAUUGCCAGCUAUAAAGAUGUUGCCAACAAAAUCAUGGACUUCGUUGUGAACGGCAGCGCAAAAGGACAAACAUACAACAGACUGGCGCUCUUCACUGACACAUUUGGGAACCGUCUUGUAGGCACCCAGAAUCUUGAGAACUCCAUAGAUUUUAUGCUGGAUCAGCUUAAAAAGGACGGCUUAGAUAAUGUUCAUGGUGAAAAUGUAACGGUUCCCAACUGGGUUCGAGGCAAUGAAUCAGCCAUGCUGCUUGAACCGCGGAGAUAUAAUCUGAUCAUGCUGGGACUAGGCAGCAGUGUUGGUACUCCUCCUGAAGGCAUCACAGCUGAAGCCAUUGUGGUUAGUUCAUUUGAUGAACUGACAAAUCGGUCCAGUGAGGUCCCUGGUAAGAUUGUUGUUUUCAACCAGCCGUGGGUGAGCUACCCUGUAUCUGUUGCCUACAGGGACUUUGCCGCUGUUCACACUGCUCAGCUGGGUGGCGUGGCUAGUCUGGUUCGCUCCAUUGCUGGCUUCUCCAUUCACAGCCCUCACACAGGAUGGCAGGACUAUUCAGACAAGGUUAAGAAGAUUCCAACUGCAUGCAUAGCUGUAGAAGAUGCAGAGAUGUUGGCAAGAAUGGCAGCAAGAGGAACAAAGAUUGUGAUACAGCUCAAGAUGCAAGCAAAGACGCUACCUCAAUCCAUAUCCCGUAACACUGUUGCUGAAGUAGCGGGCAGCGUGCAUCCUGAACAAGUUGUGUUGGUGUCAGGACAUCUGGACAGUUGGGAUGUAGGCCAGGGGGCUAUGGAUGAUGGGGGCGGGGCCUUCAUCUCUUGGCAGGCUUUAUCAGUUGUCAGGCAACUGGGCCUGAGACCCAAGAGGACCAUGCGUAUGGUCAUGUGGACUGGGGAAGAAGUCGGAGGAGUAGGAUCACUUCAGUACUAUCAACGACACAAGGCAAAUGCAAGCAAUUAUGACCUAGUGAUGGAAUCGGACAUGGGGACAUUCACUCCGUAUGGAAUUGAAAUGAGAGGAAGCAACGACACACUAGAAAUACUCAAGAGCAUAGUGGAGCUUUUGGGACCAGUGAAUGCUACCACUUUCCGUAAGGGAGAGGACGGUCUAGACGUGUCCUACUGGGAGAAAGACGGGGUACCGGGAGGCAGUCUCCUGAACCACAACGAACACUACUUCUGGUUCCAUCACUCAGAUGGUGAUACGAUGUCUGUGCAAGACCCCCACUCGAUGGAUCUGUGUGCUGCCGUGUGGACUGUGGUUUCCUACAUCGUUGCAGACUUGGACAACAUGCUACCCAGAAAUUAAAUUAGAGUAUCCUCUGAUAUAUGUGACCUGUUCUUUCAAAAUCAGACUUUUCUGGGCAAAAGGUAAAAAAUGAGAUUUUGGCAUAUUGUUAAAAUAUGUUCUUUUUCC